ACAUGUAUACGUUUAUGUUGUACUUGUUCAUAAUUUUCAUGGGCAUGAUUUGUUAGGUUUGUUAGGAAAAUCAGGAUACUUUUGGUUUAAAUUGUAAAAUAUCAUAACUAUCUGACUUCUGGCUCUGCCACAGAUUAGCAGCCAAUAUUAACCUAGGUAGCGCCUCCGCCUCCAUAGCCUCAUCUUAGGUAAUACCGUUACUCGUUAGGCAUACGGUACUAGCGCUAGCUGUGCCACCGAUAGCGGAAUAAGCCUACACUGGCGACAGCCGACUACAGUGCAAGGAACUAUCGUACAGAGUACAGAGAGGAUGUCAUCGCAGACAUCAGAGGAGUUGGAUGUCGCAAGGUGGUUUAAGGACGAGCUUCAAUGUAACAUCUGCAAGAACCUUCUCUCCAACCCCAGGUCUCUGAACUGCUUCCAUCUCUUCUGUCUUGAAUGCCUCGAGAAGCAAGUUUACAACCUUGAGCAAAAUUGCGAUGAAGCCUGUCGCAGUUUACGUUGCCCUUCAUGUGAUGGUGGGACAGCAGUGGACAGCUUGGAGAGUCUAUCCAGACUUAAGACUGAUGUGUCCGUUAAGCGGUUACUGGAGAGUUUACAAGGUCUGGGGCUGAUCGGACACGAUGGACUAAGUGAAAAAUCAUUUGGGUCUGGAGUGGGACUUGGACAUUCCUUGAUUACAUCUUCAGAUGUCACUUCGAUUGAUUCUGUUGAGUUUCCAAGCUUUGUCACAUCCGUUGGUAGUGAGUCAUCGAUGUCUUUGAGUAUGAUGCUGUCAGGUGAUUUGACAGCAUCUUUACCGCGAGGCGACGGUGACAUUGUCUGUGAUCAUGGAGUCACAAGCAUAUCAGGUGAUUCCAAAAGUGAUUCAAUAGGAUCACUUAGGUCAUCAGGGUUUCAACGCAAAUCCCCCAUAGCGCCAAACCAAAUCCAACUAAGACCUGACAGCUAUGAUUCUGAUAACUUGAGCCUGGCUAUCAGCAGUGAACGAAACACCGCAACUACCAAAUCCACCACAGGAAACGACAUGUUCUCCAUGGGAACGUCAUCAGGGCAUCAGCGAUCAGACGAUGGUUCUGAAAAUGAACCAGCUAACAUCAAGAUGGAGAGACGAUGUCCAAUGCAUCUUCAGUACCUUUUGACUAUUUAUUGCUUGCAAUGCAAGUUGGCCAUCUGUAAGGAAUGCAAGGAAGAAGAACAUCAUGGGCAUGAGACUGGUGACCUCCCAGCUGAAGCGGAUCGUCUAAGGUGUGAGCUAAUAACGAUGAUUAAAGAUGCGAAUGAAGGAAUAAGGACCGUCGGUAAGGCACAAAAGAUAUUACGUUCUCAACGAAUAUUUGACAUACAUUCAUUAGCAAACCAACUAAAUUUGUUAGAAGAGCAGAUAAAGGCAAAUGCUCAAGAUAUGAUUGCACAAAUUGAGAAGAAUAAGGACAUGCUUUUGGAUGAAGUCAAGCGGCUCCGACAAGCCUCAAAUGUUAAGGUGCUUAACACUCUUGAGGAGGAUAUGAGUACAGGAAGACGCAUAGCAACCGUUGUUAAGCAUCAUGGGGAUGCCGUUGAUGUUGUAAACACAUCAAGAGCUGUCUGCAAGAAGAUGAAGAAAGCAACCGGUAUAUGUGCCAGCGGAGGGGCUAUUGAUAGAAUCAGAGAACUCUCAGUUCGGUUUUCUGGUAACAGGGCUACAGACCUUGCAGUUGGACAACUCCAGGAGAACACCGAGUGGAAACUGUCCCAUCAACUCCCUAUCCCGUUUGACAAACGGGGUUGCAUGCAGGGUAUGGUAUCGUUGCGGGAUGGACGCUUGGCUGUAGGUUACGAAACGGGUGGUAUUGAUAUCUUCAGCACCAUUGAAAAACAAGAUGGACCACCUUCCAGAAUCCUUGAACAUGUAGAGUUGGUAGAUCUCGCUGCCACGUUAGUGGACACCAUCAUCGUGUACCCGAUGUAUGGUGAGAUCAAAGAAGUGACACCUGAUGGCGAGGAACGUCCAAUCAGAUUUGCUGCUCCCUCGUCUACGCAACAUGUCUCCAUGUCAUCAGGCAUUGAUGGACGGAUAUUCUUAGGGUAUGCUGAGCACAGCGAAAUCCACCAGUUCCAACAAAGUGGAGGAAACCCUCUGAAGAGUAUCUCGAUGGAUCAUUGUCAACCUCAGCAGAUUGAUGUCACCUCAUGUGGAAAGGUUGUGGUGAAGGACAGGUCUGGUGUCAAGGUUCUGGACCCAACUACCAAUGCUACCACCGACAUCUUCAAGGUCGACAAAACACAGUUCGCCUACUCCACUUGUGAUAUCAACGAUGAUGUCUAUGUCGCCAAAGUUUCAGCUUUGGGGCGGGACAGCAAGGCAUCUAUAGAUAAAUACACCCUUGAUGGAUCACUUCUCGAACCUAUCUCUAGAGAUCUUCAGAUGUCUAGGAACCUUUCAGGUGACUACUGGCUUCGACUUGUCUCAUUGUCGCCUUUCAAGCUUGCUGUUUGUGAUGGCUCAUUGAUAUCCAUCUACCAGAGACAACCAAGCGUGAUUGGGCUAGCGAACGAUCUUGGACUAUGACUUAGAUCAAUGUACUUCAAGUGUAUCAAUUACCAGAAAUUAUUUUGCUCUGUACGAUUAUUAUAUUCAUUGUUAUAAUUUACCUCUUCUGGAUAUGAAUCUAGAAAAGACUUCAUGACUCUAAGAUUAGUUUUAGUAUUAGUAAAUCUAACUAUAUACCGGAUUUCGGCACUACAGAUGAAUAGAUAUGUUGUUUCUUUAAAAAAGGAAAAUGACCAAUAAUUACAAAUUCAAGAAAAAAUAAUAAUGAUAAUCAUAUGACUGAAAGAGUCACAAAUUUUACAGGAACACAUGCUUCUAUUGUUUGGUUCUGUUUCUUAUAUACGUACUUACUUGGAAUAUACUUGGGUAUAGAGACUGGAAGCUUAGUUUAUUUGUCCUCUUUACUGUUGCAUCCCGUCUCAAGUAUGGUCUCAAGUAUUCCGUAAGACUGAAGUUUACAUAUGAGCCGUUGAUGUGGCACGCUGCCGAAUGCUUUUCAAUAAUCCAGAUAGACACAGUCUACAUGAUGACCCUGGUCAAUGACAUCUGUCCACUCCUCGCAAACUUCUAAUAGCUGAGUCAAACAAGAUCUUCCAGCCCGAAAUCCAUGUUGUUCAUCACACAUUAACUUGUUCUGUUCUAAAUGAUGUAUGACAUGCUUUCUUACUAGUUUCUCCAUAGACUUGCAUAUAAUGGAUGUCAGACUCACAGGUCAGUAGUUGGCUGGGUCAUUCUUCUUGACCUUCUUGAAGAUUGGAACCACUGUUCCAAAAUGUUUGUCAAAAUUAAUGAUCCUAGUACAAAAUUUUAUUUAGGUUGAAUGAGAUCUGUGUUGAUCUAUACUCAACAGACAUGAGAGGACCUACCCUAUUGUCAAACAACACAUUCUGCAAAAUUAUGAUCGACUUGUGAAUUUCCUCUUUAUACUUGUAUGAACAGAGACCUUAACAAAACACUCGACAAAGUAUGAUACAAUUUAGAUUGUGGAGUCACGCAUGGCAUGUCAUUCUGACAAUGAUUGCAUUAUCGUUUCAAACAGUGUGUUUUGAUAAAGGAAAAACUAAUAACUUGGAUUUAAUUUCUCGUGAGAAAUAUGAAACUCAAUUUUUUCAGAAAAAAAGUAAUGCUUGUACUAGUUUUGGGAAAAUAAUGUAUUUUCCUAUUAUG